AUGCCUUUGCCGUUUAUUGGCAAAUCGCACAAAUCACCACCGGAGAUUGUCAAAAAUUUAAAGGAAUCUUUAUCAUUGAUUGAAAAAGGUGAGAAGAAAAGUGAAAAGGCUGCAGAAGAAGUUAGCAGAUGGCUACAAGCGUAUAAGGGUAUCAUCUAUGGAUUGGAUGGACAAGAACCACAUCCAGAACAGGUUGCUCAGCUGGCACAGGAAACGUAUAACGCGAAUGUGCUACCGAUGCUGAUAAAGAAUUUGUCGAAACUUGACUUUGAGUCGAAAAAAGAUGUGGCUCAGAUUUUUAAUAAUCUUCUAAGGAGGCAGAUUGGAACCCGUUCGCCAACUGUGGAAUACCUAUGUGCUCGUCCGGAAAUGCUACUUGUUUUGGUCAAUGGCUAUGAAACAUCGGAAAUAGCAGUGACCUGCGGCAGCAUGUUGCGUGAAUGCAUUCGGCACGAACACUUGGCUAAAAUAAUUUUACACAAUCCUGUAUUUUACAACUUUUUUCAGUACGUCUCAACAUUUGAUAUUGCCUCUGAUGCUUUCUCAACUUUUAAAGACUUAAUAACAAAACAUAGAGGAAUUUGCGCUGAAUUUCUGGAAGCAAACUACGACAAGUUCUUUGAAAGUUACCAGAAGCUUCUUAAUUCUGAUAAUUAUGUUACGAGGAGGCAAUCACUAAAGCUCUUAGGUGAGCUUCUCCUCGACCGCCACAACUUCAAUGUUAUGACACGUUAUAUCAGCAAUCCAGAAAAUUUAAAACUAAUGAUGAACAUGCUUCGAGAGAAGAGCCGUACUAUACAAUUUGAAGCUUUCCAUGUUUUCAAGGUUUUUGUCGCAAACCCAAAUAAGCCAAAGCCUAUAGCAGAAAUACUAUUGCGAAAUCGUGAAAAAUUGGUUGAUUUUCUUAGUAACUUCCAUACCGAUCGUACUGAAGAUGAACAAUUCAAUGAUGAGAAGGCCUAUUUGAUAAAACAAAUUCAGGACAUGAAGUCUGCUUAG